UGACAAAUUUUUUUUUCAUUCGAAUCACUUAAAUUCUACAAAUACAUUGAAUUUCUUUUAUGAAAUUCUUGUGAAAAAAAAUUUUAUAAAUCUAUUUAUCAAAUAAUAACCAUGUCUGCAUGUUUUGAAAAUUGUCUUGGACGUUUACAAGAGGAUGAGAAUCGUAAUAAGAUAACCAGCAUUGUUGCUGGAUCAUUUUUUGCCAUCGGUUGGUGGAUUAUCAUUGACAUUUCCUCGCGAUAUUAUUAUCCUGAUUUCAAUAAUGCAUACCAUAUUUGUGGAGUACUGGCCACCAUUUCUUUAUUGAUGAUUAACUCAGUCUCUUCAAGCCGCAUUGAAAUGUAUUCAUAUGGUGUGACUGAUUAUACCGUUCAUAUUUGGCUGUUUGUUGGUUUUGUUCUUGGAUUUGGCAGUCUAAUCGCUUCAUUGUGGAUCUUAUUUGGAGCCUAUGUUGUGACUGGUGUCAACAUAUUGCCAGGACUAGGAAUCUUCUUUCAGAAUUUAUUCAUAUUUUUAGGGUCAAUUAUUUUUAAAUUUGGUCGAAAAUAUGACGAUUAUUAACCGUAAACACUUGUGAAAAUCUAAAUUAUGGAAAAAACAU